CCUCCUCCCUCCCUAUAAAGCCUGAUGUAGUGGGGAGAUUGGUGGAGACAGACUGGUUGAAGACGGAGGCGAUCCCAGGAAAGCGUCGGAAAGUUAAUGCGGGAGGCGAAGAGCGGGGCAGAGACGCAGCGAGCAGCCGAGGCGCACCGCCAUCUGCGCACCCGAAGGCGGUCGCGGUGGUCGCGGAGGGGACGGCGCCCGGGCGCUGGCUCCCCAUGGAGGCGUCCGAGCUUCUGGGACCGGGGCUGGUGGAGCGUCUGGAGCAGCUGGCGACGUGCCCGCUGUGCGGGGGCCCCUUCGAGGACCCGGUGCUCCUGGCGUGUGAGCACAGCUUCUGCCGCGCGUGCCUGGCCCGCCGCUGGGGGACCCCGCCGGCGACCGGCCCCGAGACGCCCCCCACCGCCUGUCCGUGCUGCGGCCUGCCGUGCCCCCGCCGCAGCCUGAGGUCUAACGUGCGGCUGGCGGUGGAGGUGCGCAUCAGCCGCGGGCUGCGGGAGAAGCUGGCCGAGCCCGGGGCCCGCGCGGGGAAACGCCGAGGCGGGCGCAUCCCUACCAUGGGCUGCCUGGACCCGCAGGGAGAGGAUAUGAAGAUGACAUGGAGAAGGUUUGAUGCCCCAACACCCAAGGCAUCUAACUCAAAGGAUGAGCUCCCGGAAGAUUACCCAGUGGUCAAAAACAUGCUUCACAGACUGACGGCCGACCUGACCUUGGAUCCUGGCACCGCACACCGCCGCCUGCUCGUCUCUGAGGACCGCCGCAGCGUCCGACUGGCCCCACCGGGGGCACCGGCGCCCCCCGACGGCCCGGCGCGCUUCGAUCAGCUUCCAGCGGUGCUGGGGGCGCAAGGCUUCGGGGCUGGCCGCCACUGCUGGGAGGUGGAGACUGCGGACACCGCCUCCCUCGGAGACUCUUCCGGAGACGAUGAGGACGACGGGGAGAGCCUCUACGCCCUGGGCGCGGCCGGGGAGUCGGUGCGCCGCAAGGGCCGAGUAGGGCUGUGCCCCGCGGGCGCCGUGUGGGCCGUGGAGGGCCGCGGCGGCCGGCUGUGGGCGCUCACCGCCCCGGAGCCCACCCCUCUGGGCGGCGCCAGGCCCCCGCCGCGGCGCAUCCGCGUGGACUUGGACUGGGAGCGGGGCCGCGUGGCCUUCUACGACGGCCGCUCUCUCGACUUGCUCUUCGCCUUCCAGGCGCCCGGUCCCCUCGGGGAGCGCGUCUUCCCGCUGCUGUGCACCCGGGACGCACGCGCCCAGCUUCGCAUCGUGCCCGCGGAAGGCUGAGAAGCUAGCCCACAAUCCCCGUUCUGGCCUGUCCCAAAUGAGCAGGACAUCCGUACUCAUUCCAGGGAUCCUGCCCGGGCCCACUGGGCAAGUGUAUUGAGAAGCACCCCGGACCUCCCUCCAUAUUCUCCAAAUAGGACUUCAACUGGCCUUGUUUCCACAUCCAUGCCCAAAGCGGAGUUCUUGAACCUCCUUCCCCUCAUCUCGGGAUGCUCCUCCCCCUCGGUUAUCUCAGUACUUCCCCCAGGGAUCCCUCCCCUUCUAUAUUUCCCAGGCUUGGUUGGGGAACAGGUCCUGCCCCAUCAGUACUGGUAAAUGGCCCAUUUUUAAUACACAGAGGGCCAGCUGGUCAAAUAUUUACCUCCCACCCCUACCCCUCCUCCUGGCAAAGAAGAGCACGGUGCCCUCUCCACAGCUCUGAGGUUUGGGCUUCCCUGCUUCCUCCACUCUAAGGUUUCUCUUCAAGACAAAGGAGACCUUCCUCCCCUAAAACAAGAGGCUUAACUCAGUCGUGGGCCUUAGGGCUCUCUUUUUUGGGGAGAUGCGGAGGCAGGACAGUUCUAUUUCACCCUGACUACCUUCCAUGCUUACAGCCAUUUCCUGUUAAGAAUCUUAACCAACAACCCGCUCCCCCACCAGCCCCACAGCCAGCUCCAUAUGAGCAUGGCACAUACUCAUAACACGGAACCAAUGGUGCUACCUCUCCUUUUCUCAACCUGGGAAUGGCCCAGACACCCCAAAUUUGCCCUUGUGUAUAUAGCCUCACUUCUUUCCCCAUAUGUAUAAAUGGGUCCAUAUUUAACACAUUUUGUGAUGUUGGGUUAUUUAUUUUGUGCAUUUGUGGCAAUAAAUGAGAUCUCAGUGGUGGUA